UCACCAAACGGACAAGCAUUUCUCCUUGACCCCGACACCCCCGAGGGCCCUACACGAUAUCCUCACGCACGCAUUGCACCAGCCUCAAACCACCGGACUCUUUACAUUUCUGGGAUGGCGUGCCGCCGACCGGAUGGUACCUGGGAGGGAGUGACGGAGAACGCCGACGGAACACGCACCCUGGACAUUCGCAAGCAGACGGCUGCCGUCCUCAAGAACAUCGACGACAUUAUCAAGGGAGCUACAGAAGGCAAGGGAGGCAUCCACAAUGUCAUUGACGCUAUGGUCUAUAUCUUGGACAUGGAGAAUCACUACGCAGGUAUGAAUGAGGAAUGGAACAAGGUGUUUGCUUCUCGAGCCAGCGCACCAGCCCGGGCCACCAUCGGGGUGAAGGAUUUGCCGGAUCCGCGGCUGAUUGUGGAGGUUAAAGCUGUCGCCGUAGUU